AUGGAGCCCGGGGAAGGGAUGUGGGAGGAGCUUGAGGAGCAGGGGAGGGAGAGCGAGGACGCCUGGUUGAGCCAACUUCCUGAGGAGCAGGAGGGAAGAUGGGGAGGAGGAGGAGACGUGCUCUCAUGGGCCGAUGAUCUCAGGUUCGACUCUGAGGAGCAAGGGGCCCACUCUCGCCGACAGUCACUGGUGGAGAGCGAACGGUCCGCCCAUCGAUCUGUGCUGGAGUUGAAACGGGGGAUCGAAGAUGAGAUAUCAAAGGUUGGGGCAUUCGCGUAUGAAGACAUCACCCCCGAGGAAUCUGAAAGAUAUUUCGAGGACAUGAGGAAUCGACUGAGGAUCAUCGAAGAAGACAGGGAUGUCCUUCAGGAGCAUGUUCUCAAGCUGCAGAGGAUUGUCGAUAACGAGAAGCAGAGCAGGCAGCAGGCUGAGAGAGAUUACAGAAAGACCAAGGAAGCGCUGGAAGAACUGGACAAGAGCAAGGCAGAGAUCCAGAAAGUCAGCACCAACAAGCUUGUACAGUUAGAAGAGGAGGUCAAGCUGCUGAAGAUGAAGCAUGAAACAGCCCAGAAGCGAGGAGCAGCAGGACCCUCAGUCGAUGUUCUUGACUCUCUCAAGCAAAGAACGCUGUACAUGGAGGAAGUCUCAAACAAGAAGGCAGAGGAAAUGGCGCAGAAGGAGAAAGAAAUGAUACGAGCACUGGGUAUCACUUUCAAAGUUCUCCAACUUCAAAAGGAUCACUCGGAGAAGAUCAAUGCAUCCGAGGGAAGGAUAACCUCUUAUGUCGACAAGGCUGUCCGUGAAGUGCAAAAGCUGAAAGAGCUGAAGAUGAAGAAUGUAGACAUCCUGCUAGCCCUUGAAAGCAAAGUCAACGUGCUGUACGAUAACGCCGGCCGGAGGUCAAGGGAGCUGUUCGCGAUCAGAAACCAGAUGGUCGCCUACCUCGACAAGCUGAAGUCAAGAUGUGAAGCCUUGCGCGACCUAGAGGUUGCUUUAGAGAGGGAAGCGGAGGCGGCCCAGUACGAGGUUGCUCUGCAGGCACACUUGAUGCAGGAGUAUGAGAUUGACUCGAAGUCAACUGAAUAUCUCAGAUGA